CUCAGUUCACACCUAGAGAUGUAACAUAACACUUUGUAUUUCGACACAACUGCUGCUCUCGUAUUGCCCAUGAUACAUUAGAGAAUACGAUUGUAAUCUCUUCGUAAUCUGAAGACAGACGCUAAAUCCCUCUACUUAAAUUGCUUUAAACCUAUGAAUAGCCUCGCUCUCAGAUGAGAGCAUCAUAGCCGACAAAACAUCGUAAUAUUCCUCGAUUAGAACGAGGUGACACCCAAGGCGGACGGUAUUCGGUCCGUCCACCUAAAGUCUGGCAGGUUUUUGCCUAGGCUACGGAUAAAAUGUGGGAUGAAGUUGAUCCGUCGGCGCCGGUUAAGUAUGGCGCUGUCAUAGCGGUCACAGUGAUCUGCGUUGUUCUGUUGAGAAAAUGGAUUGCUGGGGGUGUGUGUCAAUCUUCAGUCCAAUUACGCGGCAAGACGGUGUUGGUCACCGGUGCCAACACCGGUAUUGGCAAGGAAACGUGCCGUGACAUGGCACGUAGAGGGGCGCGGGUGGUGAUGGCAUGCCGCGACCUGACACGGGCUGCGAGGGCGGCGGACGAGAUUCGUCAGGCCACGGGGAACAGCAACAUCGUAGUGCGGCACCUGGACCUGGCCUCUAUGUACUCUGUCAGAGAGUUGGCCAGAGAGUUCACUGCCAGUGAGGAUCGCCUAGAUAUACUCAUCAACAAUGCCGGUGUGAUGAUGUGCCCUAAGUGGCUAACAGAGGACGGCUUCGAGACACAACUGGCUGUCAAUCACCUCGGACACUUUCUGCUGACCAAUCUCCUUCUGGGGAAGCUCAAGAGCUCCGCCCCUAGCCGUGUGGUCAAUGUGUCUAGCAUUGCACACAAAGGGGGUAAGAUCCAGUUUGAUGAUCUCUUCUUUGCCAAGAGGCCGUACAACUCCCUGGUCAGUUACAGGCAGAGCAAGCUGGCCAACGUGCUAUUCUCCAGAGAGCUGGCCAGAAGGUUGAAAGGUACGGGGGUGACGUCCUACAGCCUGCAUCCCGGGGUGAUCAGGACAGAGCUGACUCGCCAUGUGGAGACCUGGUUCCCCAUGCUGAGGGCCAUCCUGUCAGCCCCCUCCGUGCUCCUCAUGAAGACCCCCACCCAGGGUGCCCAGACCUCCAUCUACUGUGCUGUCACCCCAGGGCUGGAGCACAAGUCUGGCAGCUACUUCAGUGACUGUGCCAUGACGGAGACCGCCCCAGAGGGGAGGGAUGAUGCGGUGGCCAAGAGGCUUUGGAAGGAGAGUGCCCGUCUGGUGGGUUACAUAGAAAAAGACUGAACAAUCCCCUUCACCUUCAAACCAUAGAGAAAGACUGAACAACCCCCUCCACUUUCAAACCAUAGAGAAAGACUGAACAACCCCCUCCACAUGAAAACUAUAGAGAAAGACUGAACAACCCCCUCCACCUUCAAACCAUAGAGAGAGACUGAACAACCCCCUCCACAUGAAAACCAUAGCGAAAGACUGAACAACCCCCUCCACCUUCAAACCAUAGAGAAAGACUGAACAACCCCCUCCACCUUCAAACUAUAGAGAAAGACUGAACAAACCCCUCCACCUGAAAACUAUAGAGAGAGACUGAACAACCCCCUCCACCUUCAAACCAUAGAGAAAGACUGAACAACCUCCUCCACCUUCAAACUAUAGAGAAAGAGUGUACAACCCCCUCCACCUUCAAACCAUAGAGAAAGACUGAACAAACCCCUCCACCUUCAAACCACAGAGAAAGACUGAACAACCCCCUCCACCUGAAAACUAUAGAGAAAGAGUGUACAACCCCCUCCACCUUCAAACCAUAGAGAAAGACUGAACAACCCCCUCCACCUUCAAACCAUAGAGAAAGACUGAACAACCCCCUCCACCUUCAAACCAUAGAGAAAGACUGAACAACCCCCUCCACCUUCAAACCAUAGAGAAAGACUGAACAAACCCCUCCACCUGAAAACCAUAGAGAAAGACUGAACAACCUCCUCCACCUUCAAACUAUAGAGAAAGAGUGUACAACCCCCUCCACCUUCAAACCAUAGAGAAAGACUGAACAACCCCCUCCACCUUCAAACCACAGAGAAAGACUGAACAAACCCCUCCACCUUCAAACCAUAGAGAAAGACUGAACAACCCUCUCCACCUUCAAACCAUAGAGAAAGACUGAACAAACCCCUCCACCUUCAAACCACAGAGAGAGACUGAACAACCCACUCCACCUUCAAACCAUAGAGAAAGACUGAACAACCCCCUCCACCUGAAAACUAUAGAGAAAGACUGAACAACCCCCUCCAUCUUCAAACCAUAGACUGAACAAUAAUUUCAGUUGGUUGGAUAAUUUAGCCAAUUUUAAACACCUGAAACAGCUUUUUCCUGCAAUCUAGAGCCAUGAUCAUUAUGUUUAAUUUUAUGUUAAAAAUAUGUAUAUUUUUCUGCAUAUCUAAGCAUACUUUUUGAACUGUCUGUAUCCACCUGACUAGGGGUUCUUUUUUUAAAGGAACAAAAUAUUCUUCUCUACAUCUCUGCUAAAAAUCUGGGUAAAAGAUUGAAAGGAAUGUGAGUCUUAUUCAGUACAUUUAAUAAUUCCUCACUUUUCUAAAGUCUACCAACCUUGCCAGCAGGCAUGCCAGCUAAGAUAGUUAGACAAGCUAGCUACUCUAACUUGUUAGCCUGAAAUGGCUUCUUUAUAGCUAGUUGUGAGGUUGGGAGAUUGGGAACCUAUCUGGGCUAGCUAAAGCCAACUUCAUAAAAUUGCUAGGAGGCUAUUUAUUUUUUCAUUUAUAAAAAUAGGACACGUCUGAAGGGGCACGUGCCCCUGUGCCGCCUAUGGGCAUUAUGCCUCUGCCUGAUAAUAUGAAUGUCAGUUGAGAGUGUUGUACUUAGUAGCUUAGUACAUUGGGAUGAAUAUUACACUGGUGAUCAUGCAUUUACUGCAGUUUAACACUUUAGAGUGUCAUGUUUAUGAAAUAAGCAGGUAAAUAGUAUAUUUCAUCAUUAGAGAUUGCAGGUAAUUAUUGCCAAGUAUUUACCUGGUUAUUUCCUGAGGGCACUGUAAAAGCAUGUUUAUACUAAAUGUUCUCUGUAAAGAGUAGUUUGGAAUUCACUCCUGAAAUGGGAAACUACUGAUGGUCGUUCUGUUUUUCAAGGAAGGAUCAUCUUCAAGGUAGUUUUGCAAAGUAGCAACAAGGACUAUCUCAAAUAAAAUCUUAGCUUUGUUUCUGUUGUUACCUUCAUUUGAAUAACAAAAAUGUGUGUUUGCAUCAAACUGUAUAAAUGCUAUUAUCUUAUUCCAUCUGUAAAGGUUUUCUAGCAUGCAGUGA